AUGCCAAACGCAAUUUAUCAAUAUUCAACAGCAUCAAUUAAUAUUUUAUUGAAACGAAAAGAUGAUUCGAAAGAAUUUAUAGUGAUAAAGAAUGACAAAAAGAAGAUUUCAUCAAUUGCUUGGUCAAGAUUUGGAUUUCCAGCAAAACGUUUAACAGACAAUUCUUAUAAACGAAUAGUUGGUUUUGCAAGUUGUUUCGAAUGCAAACAUACCUAUAGUUUUCAGUCUGGUGGUAGCGGAAGCACGAAAUCCCUUUUAAAUCAUAAAUGUAAAAAAAGAGCACCAUUAGCAAAUAGGCAAGCGAGUCCAUUAAACAAAAUCAUCAAAUUAGAGAAAACAACAGCACCUAAAUUAGCUGCUAUUGAUUAUACUGAAAUUCAUGAUGAUUUAACUAAAUGGAUAUGUUCGUCUAUUCGCCCGUUCAAUAUUGUUACAGAUCCAGGAUUUAAAAUUUUUUUAGAAACGAUUGUCAAUAUUAGUCAAGAAUAUCAUGCACCAAUCGAUAUUGAUGAUAUUCUUGUAUCACCAGCAGCAAUUUCGAAUAAUAUCCACAAACUAGCUGAAUAUUACAGAUCUUUAAUACGAUCGGUAUUAAUUGAUCAAGCAGAGUCCGGCACAUUAGCUAUUAGUCCGGACCUUUGGACUGAUAAAUCCAAAAAUGUGAAUUAUUUGAGUUUAACAGUUUACUUUGUUGCUACUGAUUUUGAAUUAUAUACAAUUGAUUUAUGUUGUACUCCAUAUAAUGAAGUUGAUAAAACUGGUGAAUCUGUUUUACAAGCAAUACGUCAACAACUCCAUUUGUACGGAUUAUUACCUUACAUGGAUGAUCAUAAAAUAACAUUUACAUCUGAUCGUGAACCAAUUAUUCUAAAAGCAUUAAAAGGACAACCGGUGAUUUAUUGUUGUGCACACAGAAUUGAUAAUGUGCUUAAACGAGCUUUUUAUCAAACGGCACAGAAGAGAGAAAAGAAAAUUUUGAAUGCAUCAACAACAUCUGGAAAACGACAAUUGACAGAGUAUCAAUUGAUAUGUGAUAGUUCAUCCGAUAGUAGUUCAUCUGAAGAUGAUACUACAGCUCCAUCUCCAUCAAAAUACGUCGAAGCCCAUACAUUAUUAGUGGACAUACCAUUAAAAGCAAAAGAAAUUUUAACUACAAUCACAGCAAGUAAAAAACUAGUGAAAUAUGUGAAAUUAACUGGAUUAAAUAAAGAUAUUGAAGAUCUUGGUGGUAUUGUAUUGAAACAAGAUUGUAUUGUCAAGUGGCUUUUACUGUCAAAUAUGCUCGAAUCAAUCGAUGCUUCACUAGAAUAUGUUCGAUCGAUAUUCUUAAAAUCAAAGAACCAAUAUUAUUUUAAAUUAGAUCAUAUUAGUAUGGAUGGUCUAAAAGACUUAAUUUGUUUACUAAAGGAAUUCAAAAAUGUAUCUUUACAAGUACAAACUGGUACUCGGCCAUCACUUCAUAUGGCUUAUAUUUGUAUAAAUAAACUUGAACGUCAUUUAAAUGGAACUGAUGUUGAUAAAUAUGGUAAAUUUAUAAAUAUAGAUGAUCGCCAUGAAGGAACUGAUUUUUUUCGAAAACGUUUGUUUCAAUUAUUACAAUGCAUGUUUACUUUUGAUAAUAAACAUAUUGUAGCAGCUGCUCUACAUCCACUAUAUCGCAAGUUAACCUUUGCAACCACGUAUAACAAAACUUUCGCAUAUGUUUACAUUCGCGAACAAAUAGAUGAAAUUCUUGGAUUAAAUAAGCAGCUAAUGACAUUGUAUGAACCAUUACAAAAGAGGCACAAGACAAUGGAAGAUCAAUUUGCUGAUCCAGAUGAUGAAUUCGAUACGCAGGGUGUUAGUUCACCAUCAGCAAAUACAUUUAAUUAUGAUGAACUUGAACGAUAUCUACAAAUGAAUAUCGAAGAUUUUUACAAACAACCUAACCCAUUACCAUUCUGGCGAGAUCAUCAAAGUAUGUUUCCAGCACUAUCCUUAUUGGCUCGUCGUCUCUUUUCCAUCCCGGUUACAUCAGUUGGAGUAGAACGUCACUUCUCAUCUGCCGGUCUUACAAUAACACAACGUCGAUCAUCACUUGAUCCUGAUACCAUCAACGAUGUUCUUUUCGUUCGAUCUAUACAACACCUUUUGGAAUCAAAACCAAAUUUUUUUUUCUAA